AUGAAGUCUCUUCGAGUCCUCGCGGAACGUUGUCCCAAGCUUACGGAACUGCGGAUACCCCUGGAUUCGAGCGACAUACAGGCUGUACAACCCUUUUUGUCAUCGAGGAAACCAUUAUAUCCAGAACUUAAACAUGAACUAAAGACGCUCACGAUCGCAUCGGUAGUAGACGAUUGGGAUACGCGGGACGCCUUUCUUAUUGGACGGUAUUUGUAUGGUUUGUUCCCCGGCUUGAAGUGCGUGCGUUCAUAUGAAGGACAUGAGGACGAGCGGUGGGUGCAGGUGAAUGAGUUGGUGAGGUUUGCGCAGACGAUUAGGGCGGAGACGAUUGCUAGUUGUCGGGGGUAA